AUGGCUUCUUUCUUGCAAUCCGGAUCUGUAGACUUUUUCUGCUAUGUAUACCCAUCGCAAGUAUUUGUUGGCGAUACUUACUGUUACUUUGCUGGCAUGACAUUUGCAGUCGUUGGAAUAUUAGGACACUUCAGCAAAACAUUAAUAUUAUUUUUCAUACCCCAAAUUUUAAAUUUUCUAUACUCAAUUCCGCAACUUUUCCAUUUUGUACCUUGUCCGCGUCAUAGACUGCCAAAAUAUGACUCAAACACUGAUUUAUUAACAAUUAGCACUGUAACAUUCCGAGCAGAAGAACUCAAUUUUAUUGGCAAACAAAUGGUUAAUAUAUUUAGGUUUCUAAAACUGAUUUCAUGGAAAGAUCAUGCCGAUGGCAGAAUAACAACUAAUAACUUUACACUUAUCAAUUUUGUCCUAGUCAUAUUUGGUCCAGUACACGAAAAUAUUGUCACCUACAUGCUGCUAGGUUUGCAAGUCAUCUGUUCGAUAGUUGCAUUUUUUAUACGUUAUCCGUUGGCAAACUUGUUCUACGAUACAUGAGUGCGAUAGAUAAGAUCAUGGAUCAAUUUUAUUCAAGUUGAUCCUUUUUUAAUUAUUUAAAUGAAACCAAAUAUAUAAUUUUAUUGUGUUUUUGAUUGAUUAAAUUUUAUAAAAAUUUCGUGUAUUAAAAUUUUCUAAUACAAACUUUUCUUUAAAAUAUUUUUUUAAGAUUUAUUUUUAAGUAUUGUAACUCAAAUAAAUUUAAAUGCAAUUAUUAUUAGUUAUUUAUAAAAAUUAAAUUAUAAUACCAUAAAAAGGAUUCAUAUAUAGAAAACAAAUAAAAACUUUACAUAAGAAAUAUUUAUAAUGAGCAUGUAACAGUAAGAAUACACUAUAACAAUUAACAUAACAUAUGUCGAAUGUGGUACAAAUGGAGCAUUUAAUACAAAAUCCUUUUAUAUGGAGCUCAUUAUCAAUAAAUGUGCUCAUUUAAGGCGAAAUGUCGAAUGCAACCCUAAAAAUAAAUUUCCCACAUGAGAAAUUACCAAAAUUUGAAAUAUGUGUCAUGUUUUAUAUGUAAAAUGUGAACAAACAACAGAUUAGCUAUAAACAAAGGUAC